GUCACCAACAUGCGACGUGCGACCAAAAUGCUAAUGAAAACAUUCCUUGUGAGCUGAUGAGCGCCGUGUUGUGUGUGAAAAUAAAACUGUUUCUGUCCACUUAAUCCUCUGCUACCGGCUGGACUGUCACCUGCACAUCAGCAGCAUCAGCAGGAAUGAGGAUCCGGCUGCAGGGUCCCGGACACGCCUCCAGCCUUCUUACUGAGCUCAACCGCUGUCGCCAGUCACGUCACUACUGUGAUGUGCUGCUACAAGUUGGCAACCGUACAUUUGCAGCCCACCGUGCCGUGCUGGCCUGCUCUGGGACGUACUUCCGUAAUUUGUUUGCCGAGGGUCCGGCGACCUCCCCCACAGCGGUCUCUUUGGAGUUUAUUUCCCCUGCCAACUUUGAGAAGGUGCUGACGUUUGUGUACACUGGUGAUGUGUUGACUGAUCUAAUUGAUGUCGGGGUGCUGUACGAGCUGGCAGAGCGGCUGGGUGUCAGUGAACUCGUCAAGGCCUGUCACACUACUUUUCCUGACCUGCAGGCCUCUGUGUCGGCAAACUGUAAGAACAGUGCUGACGAGCUGCCUCUGGACUCGAACGUGGUCGCAGUGCCUGCUGCUUCCACCAUGGCUGUGUCUGUGUCAGCUUCAUCUGUGUGCUCCUCUGCUGCCUCCUGCUCCUCACUGUCUUCAUCAGCUGGUCCAUCUGCUGCGCCGACCCCUGCUGCUGCUCCCUCACCGCUUUUUCAAGCCAGGACACCCAGAGUGAACUGUGAAGGCUUCACUGAUCCUCUGUCUCUGGAUCUGAAGGCAGAAGAUGUCGGGUCUGCUGUGGGCUAUGGACUGAUGACAGCAGAUCAGCUGUCACGGAGACGCAGCAUUUCAACCAGCAGCCAUGCCAGUCACAAUGACAGCGUACGUCCCGCGGGUGCUGUGAUCGAACUGAAGACUGAGCAACAGCUGGAAGAAGACAAACAGGAGGGAAAUGAAGGCGACAGAAAUGAUCAAACAACAGGUCCAGAGAGCACAGGGGGCACAGAGCCUCAGAGCAGUGACCCUGCACCGUCUGACUCCUGCUCCUUCCCUGACUCCUCAGCUCAGAUUGGAACUGAGGCAUGCACUCCUACCUCAUCAUCAAGAGAGCCACUGGAGAGCCUGCAGGUGGGAGCAGUGGAGGGUGGGAAUUCGGAGCAGGACAGCUCACUUAUGUUUGGAGAAAAUGAGGAGGAACGAGGUGUGCUUCAAACCAGCAGGACGUUAGAGGGAGCAGACGAGGAGCAGUGGAGGCAACUAGCAAGUGAGAUCAUCGAGCUGAGCGAUGACGAGAACUACAUAGAGGAGGGAGAUGAAGAGGAUGAUGAAGAUGACCUUGUAUGUGUGGAGAACGGCGAGAGAGGGAACUCCAGUAGCGAGGUGACAGGCAGCAUGGUGUCAUGUAAAGUGUGUGCAGCGCUGUUUCCAGCAAAGCCUGAUGCCGUCAGAAGACACGGGGAGAGUCACCUCACAGAGCAAGGUCUCUGCAGGGUGUGCGGGGCUUCCUUCCCAGACAGAGACGCUGGUGUCACCCACUCCCUCGUCCAUGUCGGGGUGCAGCUUUUCACCUGUGACGUGUGUCACUUACAGUUCUGUAGUCAGAAGAAGCUACUCUGUCACCACCGUCAGACAGCUUCCACUUAUACCAUCCCCCAGGUGGCGCUAACCAGCAGCAGCCAAGGUUCUGAGCUGCAGUGUGCAGUGUGCAACAAAACCCUCAGCAAAGACUUCCAGUCUGUCAGAGACCACAUGCUGGGCCACGUGUGUCCUCGGAGCCUGAGCUGUGGUGUGUGCCGCCUUCCCCAGGUGUCCCUGUGCUCCCUGUUAUGGCACGCCCUCACUCACCUCUGUGUGCCUGUGUUCUCCUGCCCACAUUGUGCCCACUGCUUCGUAGAGCGCUCCCUUCUGGACAGGCACAUGACUGUGCACGCUGAAGAGGCAUCGGCUAAGGAGAGGGAGCAGUCGGCCCUGAGGUCUAAAGUUGGAGGAGGCACAGCAGGAGCAGGAGUGGAGGAGUUGCAUUGCUUUCUGUGUCCUCAGACGUUCCAGUCCUCCUCUGCCUUUCAGUACCACCUCAGCCUGCACACCACCGAGUCUCUGAGCACCGGUGGAGGAGCUGGAAGCCAGAGCAGGUUGGGCAAACGGAAACCUGACCAGUCUCCAGAGUGCCCUGCCUCUUCCUGCUCCUCCUCUUCUCCUCAUGAGAUCGGAGGCCUCGUUAAAAUUAGCAAUCUGGGUUUGGGUGUCAGAAUGGGCUUCAGCAUACCAGACAAGUAUUUUCAAGGCCCAGUCCACAGCUUGUCCUCGGGAGUCCUGACCAAUGGGAAUUCAGUGCAGGAUGGGGGCGUGGCUACAGGUGCCACAUCAGAAGGCGCCCGUGGGAAAUGGUACCGGUGUCGUUACUGUGGAAAACGUUUUGCCCACUCAGGGGAAUUCACCUAUCACCUCCGUAUCCACACGGGGGAGAAGCCCUACCAAUGUAAGGUGUGCCUGCGCUUCUUCCGCGGCCGUUCCACCAUGAUCUGCCACCUGAAGACGCACGCCGGCGCGCUCAUGUACCGUUGCACCAUCUGCGGCCUUUACUUCUCCACAGUGAAACUAGUGUCGUCACAUAUGGAGAUCCACAAGGACCAUCUGCCCCCAGACUUCAACAUCGAACAGACGUUCAUGUACAAUGACCACUCUAAAGAACCGCUGCCCGCUGUGGACACCUGAUCAGCUCCGCCUCUUCACCCUCACUGGGUGUGGUUGCUGUGGACCACGAACUGCGGAAUGUCAUGGGCUUUAUCUGUUAAAGCUUUUCACUGAGUCAACCUGGCAGAACUUGUGGAAUCACCACCAGUAGCAGAUGUUCACCCAGCUUAGUUACUGUGCACAUAAACAUAAUCACAAAUGUGACACAAAAUAAUUUUAUUUCAGUAGCUGCCAUUUCCUCAAGAAACAUUUUGUUGUUGCCGUUGAUAGGUGCACAUUGGUUUCUGUAAGAUGAGCGGGCAC